AUGGAGGAGCCCGAAUCAAGUGCCAGGUCCACCGUCAAACGGAAGCUCCCCGUCAGAUCGAGAUCCGGAUGCUUGACCUGCCGCACCAAACACCUGAAAUGCGACGAAGCAAAACCAGAAUGCCAGGUUUGUAUAUCGCGAGGUGUUCAGUGCGGAGGAUAUCAGCGUGGUUUGAGAUGGUCUACCAAACAUGAGAAACCAGCUGAACUCGCUGAGCAUAAAUUUCGAACGUCACCAAAACAAUCCUGCGGUACUAAGAAGCGUCGCGGUAGACCGCCAAAGAGACAACUAGACACUGCAUCUACUGCAUCGUUCACCACCGCUGGUUCAGUGUACAGCUCCAACGAUGCGAACCAGGGAGUCUUUGGUGAAUUCAUGCUGAACACACAGCCUUUGGAGAGUCGGCAAGAUGCUCAGCUCGUAGAAUCUGAGAUGAGUCCAACAGACGAUUUCAUUUCUCAAUUCCCACUUGAUCUUCCCGUCGAAGGCCUUCCGAUGUCAGAGUUUGAAUGGACGCCUGACGCGCUGGAUCUCGCGACACCGACAUUUGAUAACUUUUCCGAUACAAGCACCGACCUUGCUCUAUACCCAGUUCAGCAGCAAAACUUCUCAACGCUGUUUGUUCCUCCACCGAUAACAGACCCUUCAACUCAACUCGUUGAAUACUGGUUUCGCGAUAUCUGUUCUUUAUGGUCGCAGUAUGACUCACCGACAAACUCGAAUCGCAUGCUCGCGACUACUCUAUGGUCAACUUCAGAAGCUGUAUCGACUAGUUUGCAGAGCAUGUCAUCAGCAUAUCUGUCCUCCAAGAUGCCGCAUAUGAAGAAGACUUCUAUCGCUAUGAUGAAGAAUGCUACUGAUGUUAUUGAGGCGGAACUUCGCGUUGUCAAAUCAUCACCGAAUCUUGAUACCGUCCCUAUGGGUCUCAUUUAUGGUCUAUUUUGCAUAGGGACGAGUAUUUGCUGGUUGAACGCGACGCAAUUGGGUAUACCAUUUCUCAGAGAGGCGAAAGCUCUUCUUCACCGGAUAAAUAAGCAAAAACGCCGUCUGUCCGAGGAAGAGCAGAAGUUGCUAAACAUCUUCAACAAAAGCUGGACGUAUUGCGAGCUACUACUCUCUGUCGUUUCAGACACCAACCCAUACAUCACAUACGAGGCCGAAGAAGUCCAAGAUAUCAGCGCAGACGAAUAUCCAACAGCGCUACCAACCGAACCUGUUGUCGACGACAUGCCUCAUCCAUGGACGGGUGUUUCAAACACAGUAUCACGACUUCUGACUCAGACCUUGAGACUCUGUCGUAAUUACAGAUAUCACGUUAGACAUCCUGGGCCUUUUGCGACGCGCGAUCACGCUACUGCACUAAGCAUGAUUGAAGAAGCUAAAACGUUGGAAGAAAAGCUCUUGGGUUUGGACUUUGAGUCAGCACCUGCGAAUACCGAGACUGGAGACCAGAAAACACCAUGCCGUCAUCUUGUCAACGUCGCUGAGGCAUAUCGCCUCGCUGGCCUCAUCCAUAUCUACCAAACAUUCCCUGAGCUGGUUCUUUUGAGAUUGCCCGAUAAUCUGUCCGGUCCAGCAGAUGAACACAUCCCAUGGGAAGAAUGCAUCACACCACUGAGUCUCCGCCUAACAAGAUUGAUCGAGCAACUCCCCGCGGAUUCGGGUAGUAAAAUGACCCAGCCCCUGCUCUGCAUCACCGCCAGCACCGGUCUACGCUUCGAACCCUCCGAUGCAACCUCAAGUCCCGAAACCCAAGCUCCUCUCACGACACCAACGCCUUUCGAUCUUGGAAGUACAGAGCAUUGCGGGUUAUCAGACUACAUCGGACAGCUCAUACAGGCAGACGAAGAUAUCGAGCGAUUGUCUACAACUACUGCUACGGAGUCGCGGAUGAAGAUUGUGGAGGCAAGAUGUUUUCUCGUUGGGAGACUUGAUGCGUUGGAGGCAUUGUUGCCGCCGAGACCGAUUGUUGUGGCGAAGACGUUGGUGCAGACGAUUUGGAAUGAGUAUGAUAAGGAGAAGACGGGGGCUGCGAGUGUGCACUGGAUUGAUGUCAUGGAGGAGAAUAACUUGCGGUCUUUGUUUGGAUAG